AUGGUCUUCAUCUUCGGCGUCAACUUCCUCGAAGGCGCCCUCGUAAACCGCUCCCUCCUCUCCUUCUACGGCAUCGGCCCCAAAGUCUGCGAACGCCUCAUGGCCCGCUUCCACAUCCACAAGACCGCGCGCAUCCGAGACCUCUCCGACCGACAGAUAAACAACAUGGCGGGCGAACUGAGCACGAUGACGUUGGAGAAUGACCUGAGAAGGCAGCUGCAGGAUAAUAUUAAGAGGUUGAGGGAUAUGGGGAGUUAUAGGGGACGGAGACAUGCGAUGGGGCUGCCGGUUAGGGGGCAGAGGACGAGGACGCAGAUUAUGACGGCAAGGAAGUUGAACAGGGUGGAAAGGAAGACUUAA